AUGCGCCUAUCUAUCUACGCCGUCUUAUAUGGAGGGCCAAUGUUAGAGGACAUCGAAACUGGCGAAGUCGUUAAUCCUCCGGAAUUGGAAGAUUUCGGCGACUUGGAGGACAAUUUGAGAUGGCUCACAGAAGCCCGUUUACUUUGCGAUCCUGACGACGAGUUUGGGAACCUCCUUCCAAACUACGCACAAAGGCUUAUACAUCAGUUGCCAGGAUUUGACGAUUUACCUCACACAUGUGAUAUUCGGCCGAGAUCUCAAGCUUCAGAUAUCGAGGUUCUUGUUGCUGAAGCAAAUGAAGCGCUCAAGUUCCUCAGAGUUGACCCCGACGGUAGCAGACAGCGUAUCAGUCUCCAUCUUGACGAGGGGUACACAUUUGAUGACCGGAUCUACGCUGUUGUCCACGCCGAAUGCUUGGACAUCGCUGAGCGAGUAUUCGCGUCCUCAACGCUAUCACAUGUGCGAGAUCUGCGUGGUUUGUGGACAACUCUAAGGUGGAGACAGAGCAUCACUUCUAAAUGCUCAGGCUCGUCGGGUUAUUUUCUCCAAGCAAACCACACUCUCAGCCGCAACGACUAUUAUGUGCCUCAAUCCACCGUGGCUGGUGAGCCAACCUGGGAGGAAGAAGAUUUCUCCGGGUUGGAUUGGCCUGGUCCUUAUCCUUCUACUCUAUCAAAUCUAUACUAUACUCUCACUAGUAGCCCCUUGGAAAUCGAAGAGCUGACGAACUGCCUGCUCCAAAAUCUACGCGUCUGCCGAUCCAAUGUCACUCGAACCAAAAAGGACACCAUGCUUACCGACAACCUUUCCAAGCUACCGACCGAGAUCCUCGAUAACAUUAUCGCGGCUAUGGGGCGUGACAUGCCUCCCGAGUCAUCCCACCAGUUACCCCAGAGAUUAUGGAAGGAUCAACUCAAGGUAGGCUCCCGCGGUCUUCUACCCUGGCUGUGGGAUAUUGACCCAGCUUGUGUCGACGCAAAAGACUCUGAGCCCUGUCCUGGUGACGCAACAGCAGGGCGUUCCCUUGUGCUGGGACAAGACUGGAAAUAUUUUGGCCCGUCCGAUUUUGCUUCCUUGCCCGAAUUUGGAUACUCGGAUAUUCCAACAAAUGAGGGCCAUCCCAUGUUCUUGAAGAGGCUUGGGGGUGGGGUAUAUAUGAGACGCGGCAAGGCGAGACCUCAGUACUGGCAGCGAUGUGGAGUGGAGAAGAAGCAUGGUAACGAGACUGAUGAGACUAAGCAGCAGGGCGAUGCUGAGACUCCGCCAGCGACUGAUGAAGAAAUUUAUGCCGUCCUUCGAAAGUUGGGAUACCCAGUUUGA